CGAGGUAGGCACGCAGGCACGUAGCCACCAUCGAACGGGUGCCAAGGGGGAGCUAAGAGAAAACAAGGGGGGCCAAGAAAGGAUGAAGACAAGCCUAGGGCAUAUCGGCAACAAAGCCAAGAGGACGGAGCUCUACCGCAAGCAGAAAGGAAACAAGAAGGCGGAGCAGAAGGACCGACGGAGAAGACGAGAGAGGGAGGCCCAGGAGCUUGGGGAGGAAGCGCCUCCCAAGCAGAAGCCCAAGACCCUCGAGAGCACUCGAGAUCCAGACCGGACGGUGGUCAAGCCAGCCGACGACGAGGUGUUCAGGGAUGAGGCGGAGGAUGAGUUCGCGAGGUUCUUCAGCAACGAACAGACACCGAAGAUCAUGAUCACGACGAGGCCGAGACCAUCGGGGAACCUGUUCCACUUCGUGCAGGACCUCAUGCGCAUGAUACCGAACGCCUUCUUCUACCCUCGCAAGUCGUUCACGGUGAAGCAGAUCUGCCAGUGGGCCGACAACAAGAAGUUCACCCACCUGUUCGUCAUCUCCGAGAGGCUCAAGAUUUGCAACGGGCUCAUCGUCUCGGUGCUUCCGCACGGGCCGACGGCAUUCUUCAAGGUAUCUAACGUUAUCCCGAGCACCGAGGUGUUCAACCACGGCAAGGUAACGGCGCACCAGCCCGAGAUCAUCCUGAACAACUUCAACACGCGCCUGGGCCACAGGGUGGGGCGCUUCCUCGGUUCUUUUUUUCCGCAUGAACCGGAGUUCAACGGGCGUCAGGUGGUGACGUUCCACAACCAGCGCGAUUACAUCUUCGUGCGGUUUCACCGCUACAUCUUUGCCGAGGGGAAGGGGGAAGGGGACACGAAGAAGACGAGAGCGAGACUACAGGAGCUGGGACCGCGAUUCACUCUCAAGAUGCGCUGGCUGCAAGAGGGCACGUUCGACACGCAGUACGGAGAGUACGAGUGGAUCCACAAGCGGAAGGAGAUGGACUCCACGCGAAGAACAUUCCACCUGUAGUGCUGCGCUGCACCCCUACUUUGGUUGGAGGGCUUGCGGAGACAAAGCUUAGCGCUGCGCUGCGCCCCUGCUUUAGUCGGAGGGCUUGCGGAGACAAAGAUUUCUUCACACGGUGAACGGUUCGCCGGCAGUGCUGCGAUGCACCCCUCCUGCGGUCGGAGGCCUUGCCGGAGACAAAGCUUUCUUCACGCGGCAAACGUGUACACUGUAGCGAUGCGCUGCACCCCUGCUUUGGCCGGAUGCCAAGCCGAGACACAGCCCUCUUCCCUCGUGUGUGCCCUCGGUGCAAGCGUAGACUACGCGUGGAGAAUUAGGCCAAGAAGUCGAGGGUCCGGCCGGCGCUUGGUUGGUUCGGUGUUGUUGUACGUCGAGGCUGGCUGCUGCUUGGCGGGUUCAAUUUUGCUUGCUUGACAAGUGAUGGCCGGAUAGUGGAUGGCGGCGGCCGCCCAGAGCAUAGUUGAGACUUUGCCACGUAGUUGAGACAGCUGUAGUGGGCGGCCCAGGCCAAGAAGAAAGAUGCUCGUUUUUU